CUCAGGGCCGCCGGAGCCCGGGCCUCCUUCUGGCUGAGUAGCAGCUACAGUCUGGACUGGGGGCCCCGGUCCGGAGUCAGAACCCGAGGUAGAGCAGGGUCGGGGCUACAAGCGCCAAGAACAGUGUGGGCAGCAGUGAUUUUGCCCCUCUCUUCUCUUAACCCCAGCCCCCUUAACCUUGACUGUGGCUGUGACCGUGGUCGUAGCGGGGCCCAGGCCGGUCCAGCCUCAGUCAAAUUUCUCAGUUCUCGGGCUCGCUCUCCCCUCUCCCCCCCCCUCCCCCCGGACCAUGCUGGGCAUGUAUGUGCCCGACAGGUUUGCGCUCAAGUCUUCCCAAGUUCAGGACGGGAUGGGCCUUUACACAGCCCGAAGAGUGAGAAAGGGAGAAAAGUUUGGCCCAUUUGCUGGAGAGAAGAAAAUGCUUCAGGAUUUGGAUGAAAGUAUGGAUUACAGGUUGAUGUGGGAGGUGCGUGGAAGUAAGGGCCAAGUUCUCUAUGUUUUGGAUGCCAGCAACCCACGCUUCUCUAACUGGUUGCGCUUUGUUCAUGAGGCACCCACCCCAGAGCAGAAGAACCUGGCUGCCAUUCAGGAAGGAGAAAAUAUAUUUUACUUGGCAGUGGAAGAUAUAGAGACAGAUACAGAGCUUUUGAUUGGCUAUUUGGACAGUGACAUGGAAGAGGAUGAGGAUGAAGAGGAAGAGAUGGAAGAAAUGACUAUGAACAAAGAAACUCAUGGGAAACGUACCAGAAAAAUACCACCAACUCACAUAAAAGAUUCUCAAAACUGUAAAAAGGACUAUGCCUGUCCUCACUGUGAGUCAACCUUUGCCAGUCAGGAGAUCCUGGCCGAACAUCUACAGAUGCUUCAUCAAAAGCCUAGUGAGGAGAAGGAAUUCAAAUGCAAGAACUGUGGAAAGAAAUUUCCAGUGAAGCAGGCUUUACAGAGACACAUUCUUCAUUGUAUGGAGAAGAGCUCCCCUGGGGAUUCCCUGAAGACUUUCUGCUGUUCUGUUUGCAAUACAUCCCUCAGCUCAGAAUCGAGUUUGGAGCAACAUAGAGAGGCAUGCCGAGGGGAUCCCCAAUUUAUCUGCAAGGCUGAAGGCUGUGGAAAGAGAUUCAGAAGUAAAGAUGCACUGAAAAAACAUAAGGAAAACAUUCAUGCGGGAAACUCCAGGAAGAAGCUUAUGUGUACAGUGUGCAGUAAGAAGUGUUCUUCAUCUUCAACUCUUCAAGAACACCGUAAGGUCCAUGAGAUCUUUGAAUGUCAGGAAUGCAACAAGAAAUUUAUUACCCCAAAUCAGCUAAAGCGUCACAUGAUUACCCAUUCAGAAAAACGUCCCUACAACUGUGAGGUUUGUAAUAAGUCCUUCAAACGAAUCGAUCAGGUGGCCGCACACAAAAUCAUACACAGUGAAGAUAAACCUUACAAAUGCAAGCUUUGUGGCAAGGGAUUUGCCCACAGAAAUGUUUACAAGAACCACAAAAAGACCCACUCUGAGGAGAGGCCCUUCCAGUGUGAGGAAUGCAAAGCUUUGUUCCGGACCCCCUUCUCUUUGCAGAGACACCUGCUAAUACAUAACAGUGAACGAACUUUCAAGUGUGAUCAGUGUGAUGCUACCUUUAAAAGGAAAGAUACCUUAAAUGUUCACAUCCAGGUGGUCCAUGAUGGACACAAAAAAUACAAAUGUGAUCUGUGUGACAAGGCGUUUGUAACACCUUCUGUGCUUAAAAGUCACAAAAAAACACACACAGGAGAAAAGGAGAAGAUAUGUCCAUAUUGUGGACAGAAAUUUGCAAGCAAUGGAACAUUGAGAGUACACAUUCGAAGUCAUACAGGUGAGCGUCCUUACCAGUGUCAUUACUGUGAUAAAGCUUUUAGCAAAAAUGAUGGAUUGAAGAUGCAUAUCCGGACCCACACUAGGGAGAAACCCUAUCAGUGCUCUCAGUGCAACAAAGCCUUCAGUCAGAAACGAGGCCUGGAUGAGCACAUGAGGACACAUACUGGUGAAAAGCCAUUCCAAUGUGAUGUUUGCGACUUGUCCUUCAGCCUGAAGAAAAUGUUGAUCCGCCAUAAGCUGACCCACAACCCCAAUCGGCCUAUGGCUGAAUGUCCCUUCUGCCACAAGAAAUUCACACGGAAUGACUACCUCAAAGUACAUAUGGAGAAUGUCCAUGGAGAGGCUGAUAGCUGACCAGCUGAUGAGAGAUUGGGAAAAUAUGGCCCUGCUUUCUGAUAAAAUCAACUGAUUGUUUGUAAGGACUAUAUAUUGUCGGAGGUGAGGGUUGGGGGGAGGGGAGGGACGUCAUGUUGGAAAGCAUCUGUUAUGGGAAAACAAAUAUAUCAAUAUUUUGAACAAUGGAGAUACACAUGAUGAAAUGAAGAGGCUCCUACAGGUUACAAAAUCAAGAGAGAAAAAUGUGAUUGAAAAUGACCCAGUGAAAAGAGUAUUAACUCUGGAUGGACAUUCUGGUUCCAAAGCCCCCUUUGAUAUUUAUUGACUCUGUUACCUUGAACGAGGCAUGUAAUUUCUUUGAGGGUCAGAUUCCUCAUUUAUAAAAUGAGGGAGAGGAAGGGCCUGAUUAUCUCUAUGGUACUUUCCAGCUCUGAAAGUAUGAUCUAAUUUUUUAGUGAGUAUAAAAGAUAACCAAAGAGCAUUCUACAUGUUUGGAGGAGAUGCAAAAAAUAUAUUAAAGCAAAUAAUGCUUUCCCUGGCCUACCAUGUGGAUCUGCUAUGGCUGAACCUGGAGGGCAGUUAGGUGGUACACUACAUAGAGCACUGGCCCCUGAGUCAGGAAGACAUGAGUUCUAUUCUAACUUCAUACAAAAAUGUGUGACCCCAGGAAAGUCACUUAACCUUUUUUACCUCAGUUUCCUUAUUUGUAAAAUGAA